AGUUAUAAUAUACGUCUAUUAACAAGCCAUUGGUGUGUUUAGUGGGACAAGGAGAAAGUUGGAGAAAAUGCGGUAGUUUAUAAAUGAUUGUUUCUGUGCGGCCCUGCAGGACAUGCGUCAUAAUAAUGCGCGUUGUGAAGCAAGCCGCGAAAAGCCAACGCGGAAGUGAAGUCUCUAUAACUGUUUGGCUGUUGCUGCAUGCUCUUUGGUAGAAGUUCGCCUCCACGCACACACACACACACACACAUGUCAGCGGAGUUUGUCCGUCUGUCACUUUGCGAGGCGCGUUUGCAGACAACAUGGACUCCACGACUUUCUGACAGCCGCGUGGGAACGACUUCCGACGCUUUUUUGUUUGUUUUUUUGUUCCGACACGCCGUAUGUGGCGUCUCCUGUCCUCGCAUUUUGGACAAGCGACGUCCCCCGCUAGCACCUAGCUCGCUAUGCUAUCUGACUCCUGAGGUGCAUCAUUGCUAUUUUAGUCGGCCUUUAUUUAUUUGACUUUUUUUAUUUUUUAUUCCCGCCAACAACAACCAAAACAAAAAAGAGGACGAGAUGGGACUGCACCCGCUGGAGUUCAGCGAGUGCUACCUGGACAGCCCCAGCUUCAGGGAGAAGAUCAAGGCUCACGAAGCCGAGCUGGACAAAACCAACAGGUUCAUCAAGGAGCUCUACAAAGAUGGCAAGAACCUCAUCAACGCCACCAAGCAGCUGGGGAUGGCACAGCGCAAGUUCGCUCACUGCCUGGGAGAGUUUCAGUUUGAGUACAUCGGUGACGCAAAGACAGACGACGAGCGGUGCAUCGAUGAGUCAUUGCAGGAGUUCUCCUCAUUCCUCAAGAACCUAGAAGACCAAAGAGAGCUGAUGAUGAGAAACAUCACGGAGACACUCAUGAAGCCCCUGGAGAAGUUCCGGAAAGAUCACCUUGGCACAGUAAGGGCGCAGAGGAAAAAGUAUGAGAAAGAAACAGAGAAGUACUACAGCUCGCUGGAGAAGCUUCUCAACAUGUCUGCAAAGAAGAAAGAACCCCACCUACUGGAGGCAGACAUCCAGGUGGAAACCAUGAGGCAGCACUUCCAGGAGGAGUCGCUGGACUACGUGUGCAGGCUGCAAGAGAUCCAGGAGAGGAAGAAGUUUGAAUGCGUGGAGCCGAUGCUGGCUUUCUUUCAGACGGUCUUCACUUUUUACCACCAGGGUUUCGAGCUUGCCAAGGACUUCGACCAUUAUAAAAAAGCACUGCAGAUCAAUAUUCAGAAUACGAGGAGUCGGUUUGAGGGCGCGCGCUCUGAGGUCUACGAUCUCAUGAAAAGGAUCCGGGAGGUGCCUAAGGACUACAGACAGACCAGCUCCAUCAGCUAUGAAGGCUACCUCUACGUCCAGGAAAAACGGCCACCGCCCUUUGGUUCUAGUUGGGUGAAACGUUACUGCACCUUUGUCAAAGAGCAGAAGAUCCUGCAUAUGGUGACCUUUGACCACAGAUCUGGUGGAAGGACUGGUGAGAUGGAGUCAGUUACCCUCAAGUCCUGCCUCCGCAAAACGACAGACAUGUUGGACCGAAGGUUCUGCUUGGAGCUGGACAUAACAGACCGGCCAGGAACAGCCCUCACAGUGCAGGCUCUUUCGGAGGGGGACCACAAGUUCUGGAUGCAGGCCAUGGGUGGGAAGGAGCCUAUUGGACACUAUCUUGGAAGGACCUAUUCCAAAGAGAGAGGAAUCGAUGCCCAGCUGGAUGAAGUGGGUUUGGAUUUUGUGAAGAACUCCAUCAGCGCCAUAGAAACAAGAGGUAUCAAUGACCAAGGUCUGUACAGAGUUGUGGGAGUAAGCUCCAAGGUCCAGAAGCUCCUCUCAUUAAUGAUUGAAGAGAAGAGCAACGACGUAGAUCUGUCCAACAGCGAGGACUGGGACGUCAAGACCAUAACCAGCGCGCUGAAGCUGUACCUGAGGAGCCUUCCCGAGCCACUGAUGACCUACGGACUUUACAAGGAGUUCAUCAGCCCUGCGAAGGGCGGCAGUCCAGAGUCUCGCAUCCAGGCGGUCCACUGUCUGGUCCACAAGUUACCGGAGAAGAAUCGACAAGUCCUGGGGCUGUUUAUGAAGCAUCUGGCCAACGUGGCUGCCCACAGUAAACACAAUCUGAUGACUGUGGCGAAUUUGGGUGUGGUCUUCGGCCCGACGCUGAUGAGGCCGCAGGAGGAGACGGUCGCUGCCAUCAUGGAUCUGAAGUUCCAGAACAUCGUGGUGGAGAUCCUCAUAGAGCACAAUGAAAAGAUCUUUUCCGAUGCUCCCGAGUCAUGCCCCCAUUCAACCCCUGCCCCAGUCCUCUGCGCUCCCACCAGGCAGUCCAAGAAGAUGAAUAGGCAGAACCGUCCCCUGGCUGUCUACAAUCCACAAGCCCUGGACAUUCAGACCGUGUGCGACCUCGCCAACGACGAAACAUCUAUGGGCAGCAAUGAGUCCGUGUCGUCCCAGUCUUCAACCGCUUCGGUGCCGGAGACGCCGUCGGACAAGGGCGACCACGUCCCGCUGAGCACCAGCCUCUCCUCAGGCAGCAACUCCAGAGCGUCCACUGCAGCAGCCUCCUGGUUAGGAGAAGGCCAGCAUGUUUCCACACCUGACAAAGAAAAGCCACAUGAGAGUGUCAGCGGCAGGAAAGCCAAGGCAGUGUUUCCGUGCGAGGCCGAGCACGACUCGGAGCUCUCCUUCCAGGUCGGCGCAAUUUUCAAUGCCGUGACCCCGUCCAGAGAGCCGGGCUGGCUGGAAGGGGAACUGCUGGGCAAACGGGGCCUCAUCCCUGAGAACUAUGUGGAGAUGCUGUAGACCCCCGAUGCAGACAAAGAUUAUUACUGUUAUUACAACGAUGUGCACGUGCCUUUGUGGUCACCGCCCAGCCUUGUUCACCAGAAUGUUUGUGGACUUGAUAUGAACCGCACCUACUUUUAUCCUAUGCAUGCUUGCUGUCGUCGAGGAAACCACAUGGGGUUUUAUUCCUCCGCACUGCUGUAAAACCCAGGUAGCGUCUUCUGGCUGCCCCCCCACUUAUACAUGGUAUCCAUGGUAAGCCCCUCCCACAGCAUGUGCCUUUUGGAGCAGAGAUCCCCGAGUGUAUGAAUGGCCAUAAAUCACCAGCUGUUCUCUCCACUGCUAAUUUCUCACUAUAAAGCACCUUUCGUGGUUCUGCUGCGCAUCACUUUGAAUGUCUGGCCAGGCUCCGUAACGAGGGGGCCGGGCUAUAGCUUUAAUUCACAACACCAGCGUAGUCUUUAGCUAUAAAAAGGUGGCUCGCGGGCGACCGUCUCCCGAUCGAUGCGAUGUCAAAGAUCAGCAGCUGCACUUUUGUUCAUUUGAAGAGCAUGCCAAAGAUGACCUUUUGUGUCCUCCUGCUAUUGCGAGAAUGUGACAAGAGUGGCACAUCCUGCGCUCGAUGAUCUCUGUUCGCGACAAGCGCAACAUAGUGAUGCAAAAAAAUCUAGGACAAAAUGAUGCGUCUUUUUCUCGCGUAAUCGGUUGUCGCAGGAACUACAAAGAGUGAUGCCUCUUUUAUUUUUUGUGUGUAAUCUGUAGUCGCACAAACGACAAGACUUUUGUCGGAAUAUCUGCAUUUGCGAAAACUACAACAAAGUAUUUUUGCUGUGUGAUCUGGAGGUGGCACAAACUACAAGACUUUUAUCGGACUAUCUCCAUGUGCAAAAACUAAUCUGCAGUUGCUUUCAUUGAAAUAUCUCGAUUUCUAAAAAGUAUUUUUGGGGGGGUAAUCUGUAGUCUUGAAAUUCACAGCGAGAGGGUCCAUCUUUUCUUUGUUUGUAGAAACGUAAAGUGAAACAGUAAAUCUUUUUUUUUGGAGUGUGGUACUCUCUUACAAAAAUUUCGAAUUAUCCUUAUUUGCAUAAAAUCACGACAAUGCGAUGCAUCUUUUAUUGUGUAAUCUACACUCCCGAAAAACUACAAACGGGGUCCAUCUUCUGCCGGGUCAUCUGUAGUCACAAAAACUACAAGACUUUUAUCGGAAAAGCUACAAUAAGUAUUUUUGCUGCGCGAUCUAACUACAAGAGGGUCCAUCUUCUCGCAGGCAAUCUCUUUGUUUGUAGAAACGUAAAGUGAAACAGUAAAUCUUUUUUUUGGAGUGUGGUACUCUCAUACAAAUUUUUCGGAUUAUCCUUAUUUGCAUAAAAUUACGACAAUGCGAUGCAUCUUUUAUUGUGUAAUCUACACUCCCGAAAAACUACAAACGGGGUCCAUCUUCUGCCGGGUCACCUGUAGUCACAAAAACUACAAGACUUUUAUCGGAAAAGCUACAACAAAGUAUUUUUGCUGCGCGAUCUAACUACAAGACUUUUUAUCGGACUAUCUCCAUGUGCAAAAACUAAUCUGCAGUUGCUUUCAUUGAAAUAUCUCGAUUCUAAAAAGUAUUUUUGGGGGAGUAAUCUAGUCUUGAAAUUCACAGCGAGAGGGUCCAUCUUCUCGCGGGCAAUCUCUUUGUUUGUAGAAACGUAAAGUGAAACAGUAAAUCUUUUUUUUUGGAGUGUGGUACUCUCAUACAAAAUUUUUCGGAUUAUCCUUAUUUGCAUAAAAUUACGACAAUGCGAUGCAUCUUUUAUUGUGUAAUCUACACUCCCGAAAAACUACAAACGGGGUCCAUCUUCUGCCGGGUCAUCUGUAAUCACAAAAACUACAAGACUUUUAUCGGAAAAGCUACAAUAAGUAUUUUUGCUGCGCGAUCUAACCACAAGACUUUUUAUCGGACUAUCUCCAUGUGCAAAAACUAAUCUGCAGUUGCUUUCAUUGAAAUAUCUCGAUUUCUAAAAAGUAUUUUUGGGGGGGGUAAUCUGUAGUCUUGAAAUUCACAGCGAGAGUGGUCCAUCUUCUCGCGGGCAAUCUUAGUUUGUAAAGAUGUAAAGUGAAACAGUAAAUCUUUUUUUUGGUGUGUGGUACUCUCAUACAAAAAUUUUCGGAUUAUCCUUAUUUGCAUAAAAUCGCAACAAUGCGAUGCAUCUUUUAUUGUGUAAUCUACACUUCCGAAAAACUACAAACGGGGUCCAUCUUCUGCUGGGUCACCUGUAGUCACAAAAACUACAAGACUUUUAUCGGACUAUCUCCAUUUUCAAAAACGAAUGUGCAGUUGCUUUCAUCGGAAUAUCUUGAUUUCUAAAAACUAUGCCAAAUAAUUUUUUUGUGGGGGUUAAUCUGUAGUCCUGAAAUGUACAUCAAGAGCGGUCCAUCUUCUCAUGGGCGAUCUCUUUGUUUGUAAGAACGUAAAGUAAAAGAGUACACUUUUUUUUUGGAGUGGGGUACUCUAGUCACACGAACUAAAAAAUUACGACAAUGUGAUGCAUCUUUUAUUGUGUAAUCUAUACUCCCGAAAAACUGUUGGGUCAUCUGUAGUCGCAAAACUACACAUCGAUACAUCUUUCAUUUGAAAAAACUACGACAAAUUAUUUUUGUUGGGUAAUCUGUAGUCGCACUAACUACGAAGGCGAUGCUUCUUUUACCGGAAUAUCUCCAUAAGCAAAAACUUCCACCAAGUAUUUUUGUCGAGUAAUCUGUAGUCCUGAAAUGUGCAACAAGUGUGGUCCAUCUUCUUGUGGGCGGUAACGUAACGUACAACACUACAUCUUUUUUUUACGUACUCCGUAGAGACGCAAACUACAAGAAUGAUUCAUAUUUUGUCAGAUUAUUUCUAUUUUUUUUUAAAAACUACACAAUAAAAGAUGCAUCACAUUAUUGUAAUCUAUAAUCCUGAGAAACUACCAAGUGUGGUCCACCUUCUGUUGGGUCGCAAAAACUUUAUAACACGGUGAUACAGCUUUCAUUUGCAAAAACUAGAACGAUGUGAUACUGUGGAGUCUUUUGUCGAGUCCGGAAACCUGCGAGCGAAGCCCGUUAUGUGGUUUAGUUUUGUGUUUGCAAAACCACAACAAAGUGAUACAUCUUUUGUUGCCUAAUCCGUAGUCCCGAGAACUACCAUGUGUGUUAGUUCUUCUGUCGGAUCUUCAUCGUUGCCCAAAAAUACACCAGAGUGAUACAUCAGCACAGCACCUGUUUAUUCUGAGCUGCUAACAAUGUAAAUAGAAGUUUUGGAUUCCGAAUAAGAUCUGGUUUUGUCGCCCGCGCACUCCUUUUCCAAUCCAAUCAUGCUUUCUCGAUACGGAACGAGAAGAUCAGCAGAGAUCCACUUCUAUUGAGAUUUUUUUAUUAUCAAUAUCGGAGCCGAGCAUAUUAGUUGUGUUUGUGUAAUGUAUUUUAAACUCUGUUCCUCUCCGAGCAGACCGAUGAGACACUCCCGCAAAAUGUUUGAUUUAACAGUUUAUUUUUCGUGUUUCAAUACCAACGGUGAAUGAUUUUAAUUGUAAACAAGCUCAUAAAAUACAGUAUUUUACAUUUUCUUGUUUGUGUUUGGAUGAGGAGAAUUCCUACCAAGUGUAUUUCACAAGGUUCUAUACGUUGGGGG